ACGGCAGUGCUGAAAUAAUUAUGCUAAAUCUGAUAGAUUGUUAAAUUCUGCCACGGGUGUGUUUAUUCAUCAGCUGUGUCUCUUCAGGGAUUUUAAAGACAAACACCUUCAAGAUGCUACCUGAAAAGCGCCCCUCACGAGGAAAUAAUCACCUUCAUCUCAGUGGGGAGUAAAUGGCGAAGGCAGAGGAGGUCAAAUGACAGGAGGCUGGUUGUGACUGGGUCGGGCUUCUCACUUUAAAUGUCAAAACACCGAAGCAUCCCAGGUUACAGUCGGGCGGAGAAAGGUGAGAGAGCAGAACGAUGGAUGCCGUAUCCAUGAUUGAAUCCCUCAUCAGAGCGUGUAUGUGCCUGGCGGGGAUCAUGGGGAACAACCUGCUGGCCAUUCGCUCCCUCCCCAGGCUUAAAGCUGGAAUCCACACCAGCGAGGUGCUGUUCAUCAACUUGGCCGUCUCCAACCUCCUCACCAACCUGCUGGUGGACCUGCCCGACACCAUAGCGGACUUCGCUCAGCAGUGGAUCCUGGGAGAAACCUACUGCGGCCUGUUUUACUUCUUCGCCGACCUGUCUGAAACCAGCAGCAUCUACACGACCUUCUUCAUCAGCAUCUACUGGCACCGGAAGCUGGUGGGCUCCCUGAGGAGCGGGGGGGCGCCGGUGCUGCUCGACAGCCUGCGCCUGGUCGGCUGGCUGCUGGCCGGGAGCUGGGCAGUGGCCGGGGUCUUCGGCAUCCCACACUGCUUCUUCGUCACGGUGCUGGUGGCAAACGGGAGCUAUGAAUGUGUGAAGCUAUUUCCCGAUGCUCUUGCCAUGAAGACCUAUGAGAUUUUUUACCUGACGCUCGCCAACGUGAUCCCCGUCGCCGGGAUCGUGGUUGCCAGUUCCCAGAUCGUCGUCACGCUGCUUCGACACCAGCGGCGCAUCCGGGGUCACCAGUGUGACCCAACGAAGCAGAAGAAGGGCCCAAACAGAGGGCAGUCAGGCCACUGCCCGGCCCUCAACGUGGCCACAGACACAGAACCGAAGCCCGGCCAGACGUCAGCCGGACCCGGGCCCGGCUCGCAGGUGCGGGCGGCCAAGAGCGUGGUGGCUGUGGCCGGCGUGUUCCUGGUCUGCUGGAUGACGCACCUGCUCCUGCGCAUCAGCAGCAACGUCCACACCUCGUCAACAGUGGUGGAGGUGGCCAGCUACGUCGCAGCUUCCUACACCUCCAUCAUCCCCUACAUAUUUCUGCAUGGAGUGAAGAAGCUGUCCUGCCCAUGUAGAUGCUAGAAAUACACCAUCACGCCCACUGUUCGCUCUGGGUACGACUAGUACAUUGGACUUGCUAGAUACUAAUGAUGAUUCUGCUCCCUCAGCAAAAAGUUAACUCUCACCUCUAACAUUUUAAUUUAACAGAACCUAUAUCUCUUAUUGUUAGAAGGAUCAUUUUGUUUAAAUAGAACAGGUUUAUUUUUCUCCACUAUGAGAUGAGGUCUUUAAUAACAUUUUUAGUAGAAAUUUAAAAUUAUUGAUCCAUAAGCUAAAACAGUUUGAUAAUAAAAAAUAGUGAGUUUUGAUACAAAAGUACAGUAGCAGAAGUGUUUUACCUGUGAGCUGGAUUUACAGCCUCUUAUGUAAAAUAAUCUCAAACUGCUGAAAACAAUCAGCACAGUACAUACCAUCUACUGUUGUGACUUACCCCGGGAGAGUUUUUCCUCUGUUCAAUUUAUAUAAUUCAAUAAACUUAUAAUAUAGUAAAGAAGAAUUAAUAAAUUCUUGUUUUGCUGGUUAAUGGCACUGGAAGAAAUCUGGUUCAUAGCAAAGUUAACAGAAAUCACCAAAGUAUGAAGGCAUAAUGAUUUGAAUUUCACCGAGGUUAACAAUUACAACAUAAUUGUCUCCUAGAGUGCACAUCUAAUUAGAGAAACAGACCUUCAGCAAUUACUGCCCUGUUGGCAACGACUACAAACCUCGAGGUGUUUUCAAUUAAAGAUAAUUAUGCAAACAUUAAGCAUUUACUGGACCCUCUGCAG